AUGGCUUCUAGCAAGAAUGGGGUUGAAAAUGUCAUUAAUGAGGUUCACUCAUGUAUCAAGAUAGCUAAUCCUAUAUUAAAUUCCAGGGAAAGUGCUAGUAAUGACGAGCUCCCUACCUCUUGGGAAGCUUUAAGUGAGGACAGGGUCAAAGAAGCUACCAUUAACCCUGAACUAGUUAAUGUUACUGGUAAGAAUGUGGCUAAGAAAACUCAGAUGAUAGGAAACCUUAAUACUAAUGUUGGCACUACACCAAACUCAACAACGGGUAGCUCUGAUCACGUAUCUCAGGAACCCUCAAGGUUGGCUGAGGAAAAUGAGCUUCUAAAUAAUCUCUUAAAGCUAUAUCAGAGGAGUGAAAUUAGAGACUACUUGCAAUCUACUCACAAAACUCGAGCUCAAUGUGGCUUCAAUGGAUGUGGUAGAGCAAACAUUAGAGGUAGAGGGAGACAAGGAGGUCAAACGGGCAGUCUAAGGAAAGCACAGCCUCUAAGAAAGUUGCCAAGAGCUAUGGCUGUAGGAAAUCCCCCUAUAGUUAUGUCAAAGCAAAUGCAUAAAAAAUGUGGCACGCCAAAAGGGUCUCCAAGAUGUUUAUACUAA